UUCAAAACGUACGCUACUGGUAUAGUUUCUGGUGAAGACCCUCCCUGGUUGAACCCUAGACGUCCAACGUGCGAGUGAAGUGUUUGCUUACUGAGACCAAUAUUCGUUUCAAAAGACAAGUGUCUUGGUGUAUAUGUCAGUUUGAAUGGCUAGCGUUCGGCGAGUCGCCAUAACUGGCUUGGGAGUUUGCACACCUCUGGGCUGCAGCACGUCCGAAUUCUGGACAAGCCUUUUAAAUGGUUCUUGUGGGAUAUCAAAGACACAUGAUGAAUUUUCCUUUCUACCUAGUCGUGUGGCUGGAAUAAUCAAUGAUCAUAAAUUUGAAAAACAAAAGCGUUUUGUAAAUUCUUCUCUGAAUGAAACCUGGAACGUAGACAUUUCUGGUGACUGGCGAUCGAUGUCUCGUGCUGGUACUCUAGGUGUUCUAGCAACUCAUGAAGCCUUAAAACAAGUGAAGUGGAAAGUAAAUUCAGGUUAUCGAGCAGGUGUUUAUUUUGGAGUCGGAAUUGAUGGUCCAAGUGAAGUUAUGAACUCAGCGUCAGGAAUUUCAGCUAAAAAAUAUUCUGACAUUGGACCAUAUGCUUUAACGCGGAUACUUGGUAAUAUUCCAGCCGGCAUGAUAAGCCGGAUUUGGGGACUACGAGGACCAUGUAUGACAGCCAGUACCGCAUGUGCUGCUGGUCUUCACUGCAUUGGGGAAGCUUUUCGCAUGAUUCAGAAUGAUGAAGCUGAUUUGGUCGUUGCUGGUGCAUGUGAAGCUCCUUUAAAUCCAUGGACGAUGGCUGCUUUUUCUCGACUUCGUGCUUUAUGUACACAGUUUAAUGAUACUCCUGAACAAGCCUCACGUCCAUUUGACUCUCUGCGCAAGGGAUUUGUACUGUCUGAAGGUGCAGCUGCAGUUGUGUUACAAGCUUGGCCUCCUCCAAAUGACUUCUUAGUGGAAUCAUUUGAUGAACCACCUAAACCAAUAGCUGAAAUUAUUGGCUUUGGAAGAUCUGGAGAUGCACAUCAUUUGGUAGCACCUGAUCCAACAGGUAGCGGAGCGAUUCGAAGUAUGUUAAAUGCCUUUAAUGAUUCAAAGCUUGAAAAUUUAAAUGAGAUUGGACAUAUCAACUGUCACGCAACAUCCACUCCUGUAGGUGAUCAAGUGGAAUUGAGUGCUAUUGCACAGCUGAUCGGUGAAUACUUCACUCCUUAUAAUGAUAAACGCGUUGUAAUCAAUUCUAUUAAAGGCCACAUUGGUCACUGUCUCGCAGCAGCUGGUGCUAUAGAGACAGUGUACGCAGCUUUAUCGACAUUUCCUGUUGAUAACUGAUUCAUUUGCUAAAUGACCGGAAUUUUUAACUAUGGAGAAUGUAUCUAUCCCAACUACAAUUCAGAAACAGAAGUGUAUUCGUUGUUUCUAACCGUCUGGUGUAAUUGCUACAGACAAUGAAAUGCAGCUUACAUCAAGUCAUUUCUAUAAGUUAUAUCAAGGCAAUAAAAUCCAGUACAUCCGGUCCUACCCAUAUUGUCCUCAGUCAAAGGCCAAAUUGAAUGGUUUGUUGAUGCACUUUAGAAAGCCACUGUCAGAGGAGUGGAUACUAGAAUACUGUUGACAGGUUUGGUAGAGCUUACGCUUCAUAUCUUUCAAGUUGGAGUUACUUCAACAGAAACUUCAAAUAGACAUUAGCGUUUGUUGUAAUCCUUCGUAAUUCUUACUGAUACGUUCGACCGUACAAUUCAAAGGCAACUAUGAACUGAGAUCCAGUCACAGUCCACUCUACGCCCUAGGAAUGAAUGGCAUUCCUAUACUAGCGAACAUGCGGAGGCAAAUCAUCAGGUUUUCUGACACCUAAAGUGUGAAUUUUACUAAUUCAUCACAUUUUUUUUGAGGCAAAGUAAACGACAACACUUGGACCACGAAUGGGCAUCUCACAAACAAUAUACAUUCAUGGUGGUAUUUAUCACGAACUGACAUCACAUGGAGAACCAUCGAAAACCUGAGAGCACCGGACAGCUGUUUCGUUUUAAUAUAGGACUCCUUGAUAGUGUGCACCUCACCUUGGUUGGAACCCAGGGCCUUCAGGUAUUGUGCCAAGCAUGUCACCACUGAGUCACUGAAUGUAUCAUUUAAUUGAGCAAACCCAAGUGGUGUACCUCCAAAUCGAAUUAAAACCGCUGUGGAAAAACAUCCUCUCCACUAAAAGCUCUCUGGGUUUCGGUCAGCAGGUAAGACCAGGCCAAAGUAUAUAAAAAUUUAUGCACAUACUGCUACUAAAUAUAAAAACUCUGCAAUACAGUAUUAAGCGAGUAUUCUGUGCGAGGAAGAUGGUCUUAGAAGUGAACUAAAUAAUCAACUUUUGUUUUUGAAGCAAACUAAUUAAAGACUAUACAACUUGCUAUUAUUUAUAUAUUAUGAAUGUAAUGCUAGUGUGAUUGAUUGC